AUGAAGACCAUUAGUCUUUCCCUCCUUGUCGCCUCUCUGAGUAGCAUUGCUGCUGCUGGUCCUAUCAGUGUCAGGGGGACUACAUGGACUGAGUGGGCCGACGGGGACUCUCCGUUCCGCUUCAGCUCUGUGUACCAUGUCGUCGCAACCCCGGACCAGGUCAUAAAUGGGACCACGCCUACCCCAGGCGAGCCUGGUUCUGUCGGUUACUUCAACUUUGGAAUCAAUGCUGAACUUGAUGUUAUUUGCUAUAACAUCACUCUUGAAGGUGUUACAGGAGACUAUCAGUCCGCAGCUCUUACCGCUACACAUAUUCACGAAGCGGCUAAGGGAGCAUCAGGCCCCCCUCGUCUCGCAUUUCCUAACCCUCUGCCCAUUAGUGGCCACUCCUCUGUUGUCCGACGCUCAGUUGGCUGUUUGACUGGGCCCUUCUUUACUGGAAUAAUGUCGAAUGGUGUUGAUUCUGGCACUGGUUUUGCAGUCAAGGAGAUCGAACAGAACCCAGAGGGCUUCUUCGCAGACAGCCAUACAGCUCUGUACGUUCCAGGUGUGGUUAGGGGUCAAAUGGCAUGA